GUUUCAGAGUAUUUUUGUAAUCGUUUCGAUUGCCGUAUGGAUCACGGAAAACUGAUCGGAUAAUGGAAUGAUUUGCACAGCAGUACGUAGCGACUAAUGAAGGAAUGUUCGAUACAGCGGAUACGUGUUUCACAAUGGUCUGCCCACAUCGAACAUUACCAAAUGGAGCUGCUUGAUGCUAGCUCUGUCAACACUGCAUUACUCGCCCAAAUAUUCGAUUCAGUACGCAUGAGGAAGUUAGAAAUUCCAUGUGAUGAUGCGGCACUACUGGACAAUAUUUGGCAUCCAGAUUGUGAAGACUUUUGCUACGAACUGCUUGAUCUGGCACAGCUCAACACGACCGUUGCGUUCGUGCUAUCUGAAGCAAUUCUUAAAGACUUACAACUUUUUAGCUGUGACUGGGCAGACGUGCUUUUCGCUCUUGCUGUGUUUGCUCCGAUACCCAAAGGGAAGCGUUUGUUGUUGAUGCAGCCUAUGAGAUGA